CACAAAAGUAGCCAAUAAGGGUAAUGCAAACUGCCGCACAACCUAGCAUGCUGACUAGCCAGUUAGCUACGGACGCAGGUCCAGCUGAGAGGUAGUAACGACAGGGCAGCAGAGCAGAUGGGGGACAGGGUUCACAUUAAAAUAUGCUGGAGCCGGGCUCUUCUCACCGGCUGGGUUCUGCUGCUGGUGCAGCUUCAGCAUUUACAGGCUGUUCCCAUCGGCAUCGACAAGACAAAAGUAAAAGAGACAGAGAAGAAGCCCGAUGAGCCACCGGCCAGUGUGGACACUGGACUCCACUAUGACCGCUAUCUCAGGGAAGUCAUUGAUUUUCUUGAGAAAGAUCAGCAUUUCAGAGAAAAGCUGCACAAUACAGACAUGGAAGACAUUAAGCAAGGCAAGCUGGCUCAAGAACUGGACUUUGUCAGCCAUCAUGUCAGAACAAAACUAGAUGAAUUGAAAAGGCAGGAAGUAAACCGACUGAGGACUCUGAUUAAAGCCAAGCAUGAUCUGGAAGGAGGAAAUGAUAUAGCUGUGGACCACCAGGCCCUCCUAAAGCAGUUUGAGCAUCUGAACCACAGGAACCCACACACCUUUGAAGUUGAAGAUCUGGAUCGGCUUAUUAAAUCGGCAACAAAUGAUCUGGAAAACUUCGACAAAGAGAGGCAUGAGGAGUUUAAGAGGUAUGAGAUGAUGAAGGAGCACGACAGGCAGGAGCACCUGAAAACUCUGGAUGAGGAGCAGAGAAAGAAAGAGGAGGAGCACUAUGAGGAGAUGAAGAAGAAGCAUGCGGAUCACCCUAAAGUCAACCACCCAGGCAGCCAAAAUCAAUUAAAAGAGGUUUGGGAGGAAGCCGAUGGAUUAGACCCUGAGGACUUUGAUCCAAAGACCUUUUUCAACCUGCAUGAUACUAAUGGAGAUGGUUUCUUCGAUGAACAAGAGCUUGAAGCAUUGUUCACCAAGGAGCUGGAAAAAAUCUAUGACCCCACCAAUGAAGAGGAUGAUAUGGUGGAGAUGGAAGAGGAGAGGCUGCGGAUGAGAGAGCAUGUUAUGAACGAGGUGGAUUCCAACAAAGACAGGUUGGUGUCUUUAGAUGAGUUUCUGGUCGCUACAAAGAAAAAGGAAUUCCUGGAGCCAGAUAGCUGGGAGACUCUGGAGCAGAAUCAGGCUUACACAGAUGAGGAGAUGAGAGAGUUCGAGGAGCAUCUGGCUCAGCAAGAACAGGACCUCAAUCAGAGGACUGUUGAUCUUCAAAAACAGAGAGAGGAGCUGGAGCGACAGCAGGAGCAGCUGAAUGCACAGAAGGUUGAACUCCAGCAGGCUGUUGAACAUAUGGAACGACUGAAGUCAGAGAAAGUAGAUCCUCCUCCAGAGGUUCACGUCGAAGGAAACACUGUCCCUGAGGUCCAUGCAGCUGACAACCAGCUGCAUCCUGAUCAAGACGCCCACCCGCCAGGACAUCAGGAGACACCCCAACACCAUCAGGACACGCCACAAGAGCAUCACGAGCAACACAAUCAAGACUUACCUCAGCAAGAACAACCACAGGCUCAUCACGAUGAACUGCCAAACCAGCAGGAUGUUGCACAAGGCCUGCAUAACCUAGCAUAACGGUGUCAAGACGAAACAAAAAAAAUCAACACCGGACUUUCGCUGUACUUAAAACUCAUACUUAGAGAGGGGCGAUGUCCCUCGAUCCUAAGACCACUUUAACAGGUACAACCAGCAUUUAGGUUUUUAAAUACAAAUGAAGAUUGGCACAUAUCAGAUCUGUUAUCCCCGAUACACAUUUUAUAGCAGCAAUCUUCAGAUUAUAUGAACAGAAUUGAAAAUGACUCACCAAUGACCUGUAUUGAUAAUUAUUCUAGAGAAGUGCAAAGAAAUAAGAAUAUUUAUCAUUCAUAUAGAGCAGUGUUUAAGUCUUUUCUGUGGCUUUGGCAUGCAGUGGACUAUACAGUCACAAUUGGUUGAGGAGUUUCUUGGGUUUGUGCAGUAACGGUUUUAAAGAGCUUUAAAAUGUAAAAAUUAAUUCUUAGCUUCUCUCUGUAGUUCUUGCAUUGCCUUUUAGGCUACCCUCCCAACUUCUUUAGAUAAAAGAAACCUUUUUAAGAUUUUCUACAGAUAAGUGGGACCAGGAAAAUAAAAAAAAUAAAAAACAAGAGAAAGUGCUGGAAUCUGAACAUAUUCAUUUCAAAAGUAAGUACAUUUUUGGUGCAUUGAUCUGAUUGGUGGCAGAUCUAUCUAAAAAAAAUAAAAAUCUGUGAAGUGAAGGUUGUCGUUAAAAGUUUACGUAAAAUUUACUGCCCUAAACAUUGCCACAUAAUGCUGGUCAUCUUCAAGUCACCCUUCAGCUGCUUUUUUUUUAUUUUUUACUUUUUGUUCAGCUAACUGUGCUAGAAAUAAAUUUAAGAGUGAGAGAAAUUUAAAAAAGGGGGAGAUUUCAUUACAACUUUAAAAAUCUUGCAAAAUCUCCAUUUAAUUUAUUGCCAAGUAUGUUUUUGGUAUUCGAUCCGGUGCACUACCUGCGUCGCUGCUUCGAUCAGUCCACCUCAUUCGAUGAGCUAGAGGAGCUCCCACCAGGUUCUGCUGAGGCCUUUCAAUUAUCCACUAACUCAGUUCAGGUGUGUGGAAGCAUGGAAAGCCUAUCCAGGCAAAGUGCCCUUGAGCAUCAUGGAGGGAAACAGUUACUGCAUGCUCCUGGAAGAAUUUUGUAUUAAAAAUUUAUUAGUCGCGUAGAAUAAGAAUAGUGACUAUUUUGAAUACAGCUGGUUAUACUUAAAUGUGUAUGUACCAUGUUUGUGAAAUUGAACAAUUGUUAAUUUAAGAAAGAUUUUAAGAAGUUUAGGUGUACAGGUUGUUUUACCAUAAUUGUAUUAAUUUUAAUGACAUUGCAAACAGAAGGAAUUAGUUUAGUCUGGAAGUGGAAUUUUAUUUGGUUUAAAACUACAUAUAUAAACAUUUCUUUAAAAGGCUGCUUGUUUGGCUAAGUUGGUGCGAUAUCCAGUCUGCUGUUUCAUCAAUUAUACUUGGUUUUUCCGAUUUAAUUAUUUUUUUUAUUGGAGAAUGUUUAAUCUAGCAAUGAGACAUCUUAUUGAAGAAAAGACAGAUUUGUUACUUCCUUCUCCCUCCUUGCUCAGGAUUUAAUUUUUUUUUGUCACGCUCUUUCAAAUACUGCCCAGAAUAUACAAGUCAGGUUUCUGAAUGCCUGCUGCUCCAUACAAGUCACUUGACAAUACUACAGAUUCAGCUCAAGAUAAUUAAACUGUUUACCUUUUAUCAUA